AUGGAUGAGCACCACCACCACCACCGCCACCACGACGAUGAGCACCCUUCGGCAGGUCUAGACGCCACCAUCCUCGGCCGCACAUCGACAGACGCGGGACCAUCCUCCCAGCGCCCAUCGUCGUCCCUUGUUGCCGAGACGUCCCCUGCAGCAGCAGCAGCAACAGCAGCAGGUGUCGUCUCCCCGUCCUACGACGCCGCCCUCCUCCCUUCCGACCUCCCCGCCUCGGACCUCUCCUUCCUGCGCACGUCGUCGUCGCACACGCAAAUCGCGACCGUCACCCGCACGGGCACGAUGCAAAAGACCGUGCGGGCGACGCGGCACAUGCUGACCUUCCACGCCGCAUACCAGAAAUACUACACGCGGAGCACGCACGUGCUGGUGCACGACGCGCACAACCUGCUCCGCGAGGGCGACGUGAUCCGGUACGGGCCCUUCCCGCCGGCGUGGCGCCAGCGGCGCGACGGUCGGGGACAGGUCGUCGUCAAGCGACACCGGCCGCGCGACCGGAACGGCGUGGUCAAGGAGCUGGGCGUGCGCCACGUCGUGCGCGAGGUCGUCACGCCGUUUGGCACGCCGCUGGCCGAGAGGACCGGUCGGGUCGUCGUGGGCGGUGCCCCCGGUCGGUGGAAGGGCACCGAGGGCGAGGUCAAGAAGAUCGCCGUCAGGCAAAAGGGCCGCAAGGACGGGAGCAAGAAGGCGAGGAAGGGUCUGAACAAGGGUGCCAAGGAGGCGGAGAACAAGUCAGUCGGUACGGCCAUGUGA